GUUUCUGCUGAGGGGGGGAAAAAAAGAGAAAAAAAAGUGCAGUGAAGCAGACAGGCAGCAUGAUGGAGAGGAGCGACACCCGAGGACAGAACCUAAACUCCACUUUUACAAAGAAACACGACAGUGAGAUAUAUGGGGUGGGAUAACCCAGCCUUAGUGAAUGGUAAAAAAAAAACUCAAAUAAAUCUGUCCAUUGUGUUUUGUUUGUCAAACAACCUCUACAGGACUAGAAAUCACACACAUUAAACGAUUCGUUGAAAUCACGGGACCAUCCUUCUGUGUUAGUUACGAUUAUUUAGAUUUAAAAAAAUUAAAUAAGCAGUCAAUAGUGUAAGAUAAUACGUAGUAAAUCUAUUUCCUUCUGAAAAAGUAAUAAUUUGUUAUUUUUCUGUUCACCGUCUCAUUUCGAAAAUCAGGGGAACAGCAAAGACAAUUCAAUUAUGGGCCUGGAUGGAAAUCGACCCAUGAUGCGAUGCUGGAAGGUUUUCAGAGUGGUCCUGAUCCAACAUGUUAAUCACAAUGUCAUCUUUUAGGCGCCCGAGAUUUGAAGGAAUGCUAUCUGACAUAGAAUGAAAAGGUCCCAGUUUAUUGUGCAAUUGCACUUUAACCAGCUGGUAGAAGUGUGCCCGAGGAGCUGAAUUCCCUGCGAAGGUUUUAAUGUGUUCCGGCUUUCUCAUUACAGAAAGUUGGCUCGAUAUCGACGAGGACAUUUAUCCAAAGCAAAGCUUUGAUGCAGAAUAAUUCAUUAAAUGCUCAUUAAACAGAAGUAUUUAGUUUAUGAAUAAUGCAUUCGCCCAAUGGCAAACCCAGACCACCCUUCAUGCCAUGUGGCCUAUUUUACAAUUUCCAUAUAAACCAGAAAACUUCCACCCCCUCGUUUGACUGGAGCUGGUCUUAUUGUUAACAUACGUAAUCAACACAUUUCUCUAGAUCCUAAUAGCAUACAGGACAUCCUGAAUAUAUGAAAAGCACGAGAACGAUUAACAUGCCAGAAUGGCUGCACGCAUGUACUGUAUAUAUGACUAACAUUAGAACAAGCUUGAGAGGUCUCGUUCCACAGGACGGCGUCCUCGUGGUUUUAGAAAAUGUGCUAAAAAAUUACACACAUUCAUACACUUGACAUCUGAUCUAAAAUGUGUUGUUUAUAGUGGUGCACGGUGUGUCCACCAAUCAGCUGCAUUGGACGAUAAUGUGCGUUAUUGUUCAAAUCAUCAGUGACUUCCAUAUAGUGUCCACUGAAAGGACUGUAAGGCUGACGUGGUAGGGUUUGCCAAGGGAAGUCAAGCCGUGUGUACGCGCGUUUACGUGCGUGCGUGCGCGAGCGCGCGUGCUUCCAUCAAUGCGCCACGCUUCGGCGCGCUCCCCGAAGGGGAUAAGUGGGAGUGGGCAAGGAGAGGGAACACAGUACGGAGGAAGAUCCAGCCGGAUAAGUAGCUCGUCACCAAGGAACGGGAGCGCAUCGUCACCGAGGUCCCACUGCACCUGCUGCACAAACCUCCUCCUCAUGUCCAGCGGUUUAACGAUGGAUCACACUUUCCUGUCUCGGUCAAUCUGGACCGGUGACAGCAAAUUCAUCCAGCAUCCAGCGGACCUCUACACCAGUGUGCUCGUUACGCGCAGCAUCCCUGCGGGCACAUGCUUCGGUCCAUGUGUGCUCCAAAACACCUUCUAUGAGACCAUCGCCUUCAUAGCGCAGAAAUCCUGCGAUAAGACAGCAAAGUCGUAUGUGUUCAGGGUGGAUCCGGAGGCCAUGCGUAAUUCUGCGCUAGUGCUGUCCUGGCUGCGGCUCGUGCAGGCUGCGCGUAAUGGAGAGGAACAGAACACGGAGGCCUUUCUGAAAGCGGGCCAGCUGUAUGUGCGGACCAUCCGGGACAUCCGGCAGGACGAAGAGCUCCUGGUGUGGUACGACCAGGAGCUAUCUCACCUACUGGGCUUCACCGACAUAACCAGAGGGCCAAGUGAAGAGUUCAAAUGUGGAAGAUGUCACCAGGCCUUUGAGAAUGAGUAUCCUUUCCUGGCUCACUGCCGAUUCCUGUGUACUCAAGUAAAGACUGACACGUGGAGCCGCGAGAUUUACGUGCACAAGCACGUGGAAACGAAGAGGCAACACCGAGUGACAGAUUUCCACAACAUCGCCAGAGAUUUGGAACACAGAAAAUCUGGCAUCAACGAGGAUGCAGAGAUUUUCCCCAAAAGAAGGAAAUCCGAGGAAACGCUCUGUCCCAAAGUGCGUAAAACGGUUCUUCUGGAAAAAACAAACAUAUCAAACCAUGACAAUAUUACCCCACUGAUUAAGGGCAACGACCUGUCAGCCGGAGAGGCAUCGUCCUCUGCGGGGAAAAUGAAAGCAGAUAAGAUCAAACCGGAUCAUUUGGGAUGUAAGAACGACGGCAUUACGCACGUACGAGUGAUGGAACCAGGCCAGAGCUCUAGUUUGCACUCAAGCGGAAGCAGCGCAUUUUCUCUGGUCCUGUCGAACAAUCGGGGUGAGCAGAAAAGCGCUUUCUGUAAACCAAGUAAAAUAACUUCCGCUGGUGACCACCAGGCGCAUCUCAGCAGCGCUUCAACAGGCCCCUCCAUCCGCCUGGGGGAGAUGACUGAUUCUUUCCCCCCCGGCACCGUUAUGAGGUACAACAAUCUAAUGGCGUCCAACAUCCUAAACAGUGACCUACACGCAGUUCCCUCACCGGCUGCAUUAAACAACGCUUUCCAUUACGCGCCGGAACACUGGUCCAGGAGCGUUGGCGUGCAGCUGCAGAACACCCCCUCUCUCACGAUCCUGCCCCCGACGUUCACCUCAUUCGGCGUGUCGGUGCAGAACUGGUGCGCCAAAUGCAACCUGUCUUUCCGCAUGACAUCCGACCUCGUGUUCCACAUGCGCUCUCAUCACAAGAAGGAGUUUGCGGCGGAAUCCCACGUGAGGAAGAGGAGGGAGGAGAAACUCACCUGUCCGAUCUGCCACGAAUACUUCCGGGAGCGACACCACCUGUCCAGACACAUGACUUCGCAUAAUUGAGAUAACAAUGGACAAAAAAAAACUAUUUAUUUCCCAAACGAUGCUCGUAUUUAACCGGUGUAGACUCCAGUUUCAUCUGGUGAAUGUAAGUAACUGUAACGGACACACACGGACGUCACCGCUAGAUGUCGCUAGAGUUGCGUUUAAGAUGGCCUCACACAAAGGUUUGUGUCUUUCCUUUCGCCCUGUUUAUUAGGUUGAUGAUUAUUUUGUGCCUUAUGGACCCCAGGAGGGAGGAAACACGGGGAGAUCUCGAAAACAGCUCAUGAUUGUUCGAAAUAUCCCGACGCAAUGCUACCAGAUAUGUGGAUUGAGUGUGUUUGCGUGUAUGUGUUUCGAAAUCUAAAAUGAUGACAGUGAAACGGAUGUGUGGAGUUUUUUCUGUGGAAAUAUGUCUCCUUUGUGAUGACGCUGUCCUGAAUGAUACCACGAUGUGUAGUAGCCCAUGCCAGUUAACAGUAUAUCUUCACUGCUGGACUGAGAGGCAAAACUAUUGUUGCAUCAAUAUUACAUCUGCACAUCAUUUCACAUGUUUCACCCAACAUUUCAGCAUGCUAUUUGAAAGAAUAGGUUCCAGGCUACCAACCAAAACUGGAAUGAUGUUUAAAAAGUUUCCGUGGUUAUAAUUCAUCCACAGACCUGGAUGGGGUCCAAGUGACCUUUUGAUUUUUGUGAAUUUAAGUCACCUCACCCAUAGUGAGCGGCCAACGUCCCCUUCAGGUCAGGCUGCCGACAGAUGCACAUAAAUAGCCGCUUCUGUUGCAGGUAAAUGAGGCGGCAAGAAUGCAUGAAGUUCAUGGGAAAGUCAAGCCUCGACUUUGUUCAGUCACUCUGUAACAUAAGCAGGCGAGAGUUUAUCCUCCAGUUUUGUCACUGCACAAACUGAAGAUAUGUUGUAUUACUGGGACUGAAACCUACACGAGUCAUAAAAAACAUGCACUCUGAAAAUCAUACAAGAACAAAACUAAACCUUGUUCAUAAUCUGUCAUUGAGUUUUAAAAACACAUUUACCUUCAGCGCAAAUAAUAUUUGUGUCAAGACAAAAAUAGACUUCUUGUCUGAAUAAAUGUUUUGAAAGUUAUAUGGAAACUGUAUUUUACUUUCUAAUGGAAAAAGAGAGGCAUAAUGUCACUAUUAAACCGUGAUAAAAGUGCCAUUCCACCGUAUACACAGAAAAUCUUCUGUUGUCUAAUAAUGGCUGUAUUGAUCUCCUUUAAUUGAGCGGUCAUCAAUUGGGGAAAAAAAAUAUUGUUUUUGGUUCCCCACUUACCUCUUUUGGUCCAGGCUUUUAACCACGUUAGGCUCUGAACACGAGCCAAUUCUGCUGCAGUUGACCGCUGUAAGCCCUCUCCUGUGACUUUGAUUGCGGUUGACAUGGGGUUCACUUUGUAAUAGCAGACUGUGGGUCCGAAACUGUAAAAGGGAUCAGUCAGGAAAUAAGGAAAAAAAAUGAACUUAACUUGGAUGUGUUCAUUUGAGUUGGGCCUCCUCUGAAGCUAAAACAUCAAUUAUGUAAACACUAUUCAUAAUAACCCUCAUUACAGUCAUUAUCAUAGUUUAAAUGGAGCUUACACCCCAUUAAGUGUUCAUUUGUAUAAAAGUAUUUUCGCUUGAGAAAUUUAAAUCGGGAAUUCAGUAUUUCUGAAAAUUCUCUCCCAUCAUUCGUCUCUCUACAUCAACCACAAAAAAUGCAUUAUGUGAAAACAUAAGAUGUCGUUUUUGUAAUUUUGUACUGGUUUAACAUAUAGUGUUCACCCUACCGGUAAGUAUUAAUGUUUUAUUAUCAAUCAACAUAUAAUCCAGUUCAAUUUAAUGUGACUUUUAUGACAGUGAUCAACAGAAAACAACU